AAUUAUCAAACAAACAAACAUAAAAUAAUUAAUUUCAAUCCAAUCUUCAAAUUUAAUAUCAACACGCCACCAAAGCCUUUCAAACCUCAUCCUCAUCCAAGGCUCAGCAACAAUGGCGGAUGCAAGCAAAGAAGUUGAAAGAGAAAUUCUCAACCUUCUCCGCAUCUACAAAGAUGGUCACAUGGAGAGGCUCACAGUCUGUGACUUCGUUCAGGCUACUUAUGAUGAUAUCAACCAAGUUUCUUCAAAAGAUAUAACUAUUGAUCCAAAUACCGGUGUUUCAGCUCGUCUUUAUCUACCAAAACAAGUAAAAAACCAGCCGGAAAAGAAGUUCCCAGUUCUUGUUUAUUAUCAUGGUGGUGGCUUCUGCAUAGAAAGUGCUUUCUCUUCACUGUACCACAACUAUCUCAACUCACUCUCAUCCAAAGCCAACAUUAUCAUAGUCUCAGUAGAGUAUAGAUUAGCACCAGAGCAUCCUCUUCCAACUGGAUAUGAAGAUUCAUGGCAGGCACUUCAAUGGGUGGUCUCAGAGACUAAUAAUGAUGCAUGGUUGCAAAACCAUGCAGACUUUGGACGUGUGUUUGUGAGUGGAGAUAGUGCAGGAGGGAACAUAGCUCAUAACAUGGUGAUGAAGAUUGGGUACACUGAAGGGAUGAAGGUGAUCAAAGGGAUGGUUUUGGAGCACCCUUAUUUUUGGGGAGUUGAGAAGUUGGAGUGGGAGAUUGGGAACACUGUUUCAAGUAUUGAUGCAGAGAGUGUUGAUUUGGUUUGGCCUUUGGUUUGUCCUGGGACUAGUGGGAAUGAUGAUUUUAGGGUUAACCCUUUUGUGGAGGGUGCCCCUUCACUUGAAGGGUUGGGUUGUGAGAAAGUGAUGGUUUGUGUGGCUGGUAAGGACAUAGUGAAGGGUAGGGGUAAGCUUUAUUAUGAGAAGUUGAAAUCUAGUGGAUGGAAAGGAGAGGUUGAGCUUUUGGAGUCUGAUGGAGAAGACCAUGUUUUCCAUCUCUUUAAUCCUGCUUGUGAUAAUGCUUUGGAGAUGAUGAGCCAUUUGGUUGACUUUUUUAAUUGUGAGUGAGUUUUGUUUUGUUUUGUUUUGUUUUGUUCAUCAUGUUAUGC